UUAUGAAGCAAAAAGGACAGUUUGGGCUUCUCAGGAGACCAUGGCCAUCAGCUUCAUACUUAUACUGCUCUCCCUGUUCCAAGGCUUUUUUUUUUUAUAUUUCAGUAGCUGAAGGCUCUAAGAUUGUUGGAGGAAGAGAUGCUGUACCCCACUCCCGACCGUACAUAGCCUCACUUCAAAUUGGAGGUCGACAUAUAUGUGGUGGAGUCCUCAUAAGAGAGGACUUUGUGCUCACAGCAGCACAUUGUGACUUAUCAAUACCAUACACGGUUGUGCUUGGAGCAGAUAAACUGGAGGGAAAUGAGCCAGCAAAGCAGCACAUUGAUGUUCUCAGUACCUUUCCCCAUCCAGACUACACUGAUCUUGCAAAUGAUAUUAUGCUGCUAAAGCUUAGCAGACCAGCAAUUCUAACCAAAGAAGUGCAGCUGAUCUCUAUGAAGUCCAACCGCCCCAAAGUGGGAAGUAAAUGCCUCACAGCAGGCUGGGGAGACAUAGGGGACAACAACACAUUGGCAAACAGGCUUCAGGAAGUCAAUGUCACCAUUAUGCCAACACGUACUUGUCAAAGACGAUGGAGAGAAGUUCCCAUAACCAGAUCAAUGGUUUGUGCUAUGGGGGCAGAAAGGCUACAGGGCUUCUGCUCGGGGGAUUCAGGAGGUCCACUGAUCUGUAAUGGAACUUCAGUAGGUGUCGUUUCCUUUUCUGGACGUAGAUGUGGAAACCCAAUGACUCCUGAUGUCUACACACGAGUUGCUUCCUUCAGGAAAUGGAUUGAAAAAAUUUUAAAGGAAAAUUAGUCAACAUUCUUUCAUCUGAUACACUGUCAUCCUCCAGAGAAAGAAAUUCAACAAGAGCUUUUCUAAACCUAAAAAAAUGACUUUGAGAUUUUGUGAUCAUUGAUAACUUCUAAAGUUGGCAAGACCUAAAUGUUUUGCAAACUUUAGAAGCCACUUCAAAUGUCUGUUAAAGUUCAUUAAAUCAAGCAAAAUAUGAACAAAUCAAACUGUCAUAAAAAAUGCAAUCUGAUAUGAAAAUAAAGUUCAAUAAU